AUGGAGUCAAGGAAUGCGUCUUUCUUUGAAAACACAUUUCCUUGCCGAACUCGAGGAGAGGAUCAAAGUUCUGAGAAGGAACUUGAAGAUAAUGAUCAAGAUGAUAAUCAAGUAGAUGAUCAAGGUGAGAAAGUAGAUAAGCCGAGAAGGAGUAAGAGGGCUAGGACUACCAAGUCCUUUGGCCCGGACUUCUUGACUUAUAUGUUAGAGGGAGAAUCUCGAACUUUCCAUGAAGCGCUAGUAGCCACCAUGUCUGACCUGGGUGGUGGACAUGAGAACUUCUUUUGGGAGACUCAGUCAUGUGCUUUUUCGAAUUCGGAUGGUUUGGGUUGUAUCGGUGAAAAAUCUGGUGAGAAGCCGCCACCUGAUUCGAGGUUUAAUACUCAGACACCAACCGGAAAAGAAGUGGAGGAGGUGAUAGCGGUGGCACCAGGAAUGAAACGAGGUGGGGUUGGCAAUAAUGGAAAAGGGCGUGGUGGUGAGGCCAACGAAGGAAAAGGUGGUGGUGAGUCAGAUCAUGAGAUACAUAUAUGGACAGCGAGAGAAAGAAGGAAGAAGAUGAGGAACAUGUUCUCUAAGCUUCAUGCUUUGCUCCCUCAUCUCCCUCCCAAGGCAGACAAGUCCACAAUUGUGGAUGAAGCAGUGACCCACAUAAAAUCCCUACAACAAACUCUUCAAAAGCUCCAAAGGCAAAAGCUGGAAAGGCUCCAUGGCUUGACACCCAUGAACUUCGAUGGUCAAUCGUCCAUAAUCACGCCACAAAAGCUUCCCAUGGACUUGAGGGAGGCUUUCAUGGCCGAUCAAGUUUCUUCAAACAACACAAACUCAAACUCAUCCAAUGCACUGCCAGUGUCUCUCUCUCGGUUCCCUCCUCUAUUCCAGACUUGGACUUCUCCAAAUGUGAUCUUGAAUGUGUGCGGUGAUCAUGCACAGAAUAGCGUGUGCUCGAUGAAGAAGGCUGGACUCUUCACUGCUAUCUGCUAUUUGUUGGAGAAGCACAAGCUGGAUGUUGUGUCUGCUCAUGUUUCAUUAGAUCAGAAUCGGACCAUGUACAUGAUUCAAGCCCAUGUAAGUCUCCUCUAA